GACAUCAUAAACAGGAAAACAGGAGAGGAGCCCAGCCAUUCUUGUGUAACCCUCUCCUAGCCCAGCAGUGUGUGAAAUGCUGGACUGAGUCUGCAGAGAGGAAAGCACCAAACUAUGGCUGUGUUAAAUUGAGUCUAUAACAAUAUAAAUCCCCCACAGCUGCAGCUUCCUGUAACAACUGUGAAGAUCCUGUAUGCAGAAGGGAAAGAAUCGCUUCUUACAGUGUAUGAGAAUACUCAGAUUGCUGCAGUAAAUUGUGGAGAAUAAACUACCAUUGAGAUCCUGAAGUUCUUAAAUACUAUCAACUUAAUUCAAGAAAAAAGCCCCUUUUUAUCUUGAAUCUUGUUUAAGGGAGAGACGGACGUAUCUUGAAAGAUGGCCCUUUGCCUGAAGCAAGUCUUUAAUAAAGACAGAACUUUUCGACCCCGAAAGAAGUUUCAGCCAGGAACCCAACGCUUCGAGUUGUACAAAAAAGCGCAGGCCUCACUUAAAUCUGGUGUCGAUCUCAAGACUGUAGUUCAGCUUCCUGCAGGGGAAAGCCUUAAUGAUUGGAUUGCAGUCAACACAGUAGAUUUCUUCAACCGCAUUAACCUCAUCUAUGGUACCAUUUGUGAGUACUGCACCGAAAGGAGCUGUCCCGUCAUGUCAGGUGGGCUGAAGUAUGAAUACAGGUGGCAGGAUGAGCACAAGUAUAAGAAGCCAACCAAAGUAACUGCUCCACAGUAUAUGAAUUUGCUCAUGGAUUGGAUUGAAGCCCUGAUCAAUAAUGAGGACAACUUCCCCACUCGAGUCGGUGUUCCCUUCCCCAAGAAUUUUAUGCAACUCUGUAAGAAGAUUCUCACCAGACUUUUCCGAGUCUUUGUUCACGUUUACAUCCACCAUUUUGAUCGGAUUACCACCAUGGGAGCUGAAGCCCAUGUCAAUACCUGCUACAAACAUUUUUACUAUUUUGUGACAGAGUUUGAAUUGACUGAUGAACGGGAGUUGGAGCCUCUGAAAGUGAUGACAGAGAAAAUUUGCCACUGAUUCCAGCUUGAGAGAAGCCACACAGCAACUCUCCCCAGUGACAUAAAAUCCAACAACUGAGCCAUAUAUUGUCUGGCACAAAGAAGAUUACCAGAAAGUGAAAAUCUACAAUCCAAAUCCCUGCAAAAAUUGACCAAGAGAAAUCAUUUCGAAGCAUAAAUCAUGAAUUCAUAAAUCAUCUUCAUGGGAACAGAUCAACAGUGAUUGAAUAAACACUGCAAUUAAAUCAUCUCAGGAAGGCCAUCACCCAUAUCCCCCCCUUUUUGUUCUCAAAACUAAUUCAAUCCAAUCAACUGAAGGCAGUUCAGCACUCCUGCGCAAUUUCAUUUAGAUUCACCAAACAAAAUAUACUUGCUCAAAACAUGUCACAAGCCAAGGGAACCUUUGUCACUACAUCAUGACUGUCUGUCCCCAAACUAUUUGGUUCAUACAGUACUCUUUGCUUAAUCAGGGAGACCUGCAACCACAUAUCUGGAGCCCAAACCACCAAUCAUUCCUGUAGUUCUAAUGUCCCAUCACAAUGGCAGCGAAUCUGCAUUUCAUCACAGUACCGCCUGGUCCACUCAGCUAUUGUACAGCAGGAAUAUAUUGCUCCAGAAUCAGGCAACCAGGAAUCAGACACCACAUCAACUGCAAACCAAAAGGUGUCAGGCAUAUCAGGUAUAUUCUGCCCCAGCACUAGAUUAGGUAUAUAGCAACAGGAUCAGGCCCAUACCACCCCAGUAGUGGACCACAGGUAUCAGAAAUAUAUCAUAUGAGGCUUGGCAUCAAAUAUCAGCAGCACCUUGCCAUUAAUGACUGGAUUUACCCUGUUAAUGUGAUGAUUCAAAACAUCUGAUAGCUUUAGUUUAUAAAUUGAUUCUGCUUGUCUCCCAAACAAUCAACAAGGUAAUGUAAUAGCAACACUAAUGGUACAGUGGUCAUACAUCGGCCUUCCUUGUUUUACAAGGACGUUAACAUAGUAAAGACAGAGAAUCAAGCCAUACAUUGCUAGAUCAGGAAAAAGAAUCAUACAUCUCUGAUAAACUAAGACCUGAUGAGAUAUAUAGAGAAAUAUAAGAUUUUACACGAGUGAAAUAUUUGCUUUUAUCCAGUGUGUAUUGCACUUUUACAGGAUUUAAAAUUGAGACAGUUUAGUCACACACCACCAGAUGAGAGUGAAAUGCCAGUUUUUGCAUUUUCUAAAUCUAGGGAAUAACUGCAUGAAAGCACUUAGCAUGAAACUUUAAAUACCUACCCAACUUUUGAAUUGGGUGCAAGUCAUUUUUUAAACCCUUGUUUUAAAAGUACUCUUCAUGGUGUUCAAAACACCCUGGAGCCUUGAUUCAAAGUAGUUUGUGAAAAACUGGCAUCAAUUGUGUCAGAAUCAUGCCUUUGGGUAAAUAUCAGCCAAUAAAUUCCAAUAUCUUAAAGAAAUAAAGUGCCAACGAUAUUGUAAAUUUUGUACUCUUUGAAUAUUUUAUGAUAAUGUAUAGUGAAACGCCUAAAGAAUUUCAGUUCAUUUACAAUGCCAUCUGAUCAAAAUGCCAAAUGCAUUGAAAUAUUUUUCUUUACAAUAGAUUGAAUUGAUAAGAACAUAAAAUAAGAAAUAGGAGCAGGAUUAGACCAUAGGGCGCCUUGAGCUUACUCCACCAUUCAAUAUGAUCAUAGCUGAUCUUCUGCCUUCAACUCCACAUUCCUGCUCACUCUCCAUCUCUUAUCUCUUAUCUCAGUCCUAAAUGAUUGACCCCUUAUCCUGAGACUGUACCCAGAUACUCCAGCCAGCAGAAACAACCUUUCAGUGUUUAACGUGUUAAGCCCCUUCAGAAUUGUGUAUGUUUCAAUGAGAUCACCACUCAUUCUUCUAAAAGCCAGAGGUAUAGGUCCAAUUUCUUCAACCUCUCAUCAUAGGACAACGUUCUUAUCCCAGGAACUAAUCUAGUGAACCUUCACUGUGCUGCCAGAUAAGCAAUGUUACUUAUAACCAAUCUUAUGCACAAUGUGUAACACACCAUUUGUUCAUUGCAAAUGAGAUCCAUACAAUCAGAUUGCUAUAAAUUUUAUUGUUUAACCUGAAUGGAAGGGAAGUAAUUUGGAUUCCUUUACAGGUGUGUGCUUCAACUUGCUCCAUUUUUGAUACUGCAUCAAAUGAUCCAGUUUUCCUAGGAGCAAAUCCAGGAAUAUCUCCCCUAAUAUUCUGUUGGUCAAACAUCAAAGAACUUAACAAUUUAGAUGUAAAAUGUCAUUUCUCUGACUCAAAACUGCUUUGACAAAGUAUAUGUUUUCUGUAUCAUUACAAACAAUGCAUCAUCACAACAAAAUUGAAGCGUGACUUUGCUAGUUCCUUGCCUUGCUUAUUUUUGUUUUUGGUUGAGGAAUACAUAUUGCCCAGGACAAUGGGAGGACUUCAAUAUACUUCUUCAUAUCAUGCCAUGGGAUCUCUUAUGCCUAUUUGAACAGCCAGAUGGAGCCUUGGUUUAAUGCCUCAUUUGAGAGACUACACCUCUGAUAAAGAAGCACUCCUUCAGUACUUCACAAUGUGUCAGCCUAGAUUAUGUGGUCAAGUCCUGUAGUGUAGUUUGAACCCACAAUCUUUGGCUUAUAGAUGAGAGUAAUACAACUGAGCCAUGCUGACAAGAAAACAUUCAUCCAGUUUGCAAUACAGAAAUAUUGAUGAGACCAGGUUUGGCAAUGUAGUGAGACUCCUUGAUGUUCGUAUAUGCCGACCUGUAAGUGAUUCCAUUGUCUUUUGUGGGUUCUCUCAUGACUGAUAAGUCUGAUGUGGGACAUCGGCAGAAAUGGCAAUGUAAGAUUAUAGGUGAGAUGUGGAUGGCUCUAGAUUAUCUUAGACCACCUGUUAAAAAUAGUUUGGUGAGAAUUCCACAUCACAAUAGUGAAAUGCUUUCAUUUCAAAAAGCAGCUGAGAAAGAUCCUCAACACAUACCAAUCACACCCCAAUAAAUAUUAUGGGGCACAUUGGUGAAGAACCAGUUAGAUUGUCAGCUUAACCUUAUUAGUUAUUUACACUUUUGAGGUCAGCUCAAGAGAGCUACAAACUGUACACCAGUCGCUGACUUAGAUGUAUGGAGCCUGAGCAAGGCUCCAAUUUAUGAUCAUAUUACAUAACUCAAUAUGUGUCUUAUCUGAUGACUGAGCCUUAAUUAUAGUAAAAAAAGAAUGUCCAUUUAUCAUGGGACUUAAUACAGAUAUUCAAAAAAUUGCAUUUUUAAAAAAUGCAUGCUUUAUCUCUUAUUCAAUUUUUAUACUUUUAUAUGAAUAAGUGCUCUGUAAUAAUUUCUGAUUUUUUUAACUAUCAAUAGUUGGAAGAUUUAAUGUCUUUCUUUAAGUUCAAUGUUGUUAUGACGGGCUUACCGUGACAAAGUUCGUAUUGUUUACUUUUAAAGAUGUUUUUACUCACCUGUUUUCCCCUCUCCCAAAGUUCUUGAUUUCUUGAUGGAUGGUAGCUGUCCACCAAUAACUCAAUCAUGUAGUCAAUAUUCAAAUGCAAGCCUUGACGCUGAGUGUAAGUGGGUUGCUCAAGAAUGGGGGUGGUCAUAGCCAAGGCAGAUAUGGUCCUUACUGAAUGGUCACAUAUGUACACUUCCAGCAGAGGUUGUUGUAUAGCAAUCAGGAGCACAUACCAUAACCAGUUUCCCCUCUUCAACCUAAGUGACACUGAGGCUAACCGUAGCACGUCCUACUGAAACCAACUAACUCAGCACAGAUUAGAGAAAUCAAACUUGGAACCUUUCUGGUGUGUAUGACUCUGAUAUUCAGUAUACGAACUUGCCAAGCUAUUAGUGAAAUUCCAUUACUUUAGUUUCAAAUGCUAAUUUCAUGUUAAAUGUUUAAAAGGGCAAUUAGGGAUGGGCAAUAAAUGCUAAUCUAGCCAGCAAUGCCCACAUCCCACGAGUGCAUAAAAAAAUUAGGAGAUUAUUUUCUUUGAUUUAAAGAACUGACAUGAUCCAUUGUAAAAUCCUGCACUUUCAAUGCAGGCAUGCAAACUCUCCAUUUCUCUGUCAAAAUCCUAUAAAUUAUAAACAUGUGAUGUCAUGUCUGUUUAAUUUCAUUUUGUACAGUUACAUUGUUUCAUUUAUAGAAAUCCAUUAAUUACAAAGGUACAAGUUUAUUUUUUUAUUUGAUAUGAGAAAGAUGAUUUCUCCAGAAAUGUUGUUUUUGAUAUCAAUGGUGCUGGAAUCGGGAACUUUGAAACAGUGAGGAUCAUCUUCUGAAAAUGAAUGAACUGGAGAGAUUGUGAAUGACUUUCCUACAAGAACUUAUGCUGGAUUGGAGAUGGAUAGAAUUUGCAGCACGUUGUAAAGAACUUAGAUUUUAAAAUGGACAAAGAUACAUGGACUAAAUAAAAAACCACUGGUAUAUGAAUAAUUAAGACAUAUCAUUCUCAUUAUGUUUCGCUUACAUGUGCAAUGUACUUUUAGUACUUUCUGUUUUUGGGCUUUGUAAUUCUAUUUGUUUGAAAAUAAAGUUAGUCACUUUA